CCCAAGCCUUAUCUGGAUGGAGGAGGAGGCUGCGAGGAAGAGGAAGAUGCCCCGGGACAGCCAGGCAGAGCAGGAGCUGAGGAUGGAGCCCAGGGAGGACAAAUCCCCACGGCAGAACCUCAUGGCUGAGGCCGUUUUGAGCAGCUCCACAGCGCAGGAAUCCAAUGGGGAGGAAAAUCCCCGGAGAUCCCGCAGGAGGAGGGGCUGCAAAGCCAGCCCAGGGUGCUCUGAGGAGGAAAGACCCACCCUGUGCCAGGAAGGUGGGCAGAGAUCUGGCCAGGGCUCUGGAGCGGUGGCCCAUGAGGAGCUUGAUGGUGGCAAGAAGCCCCACGAGUGCUUGGAGUGUGGGAAGAGUUUCCUCAAGCGCUCCCUCCUGGUCCGCCACCGGCGGAUCCACACCGGGGAACGGCCCCACAAGUGUGGGGAGUGUGGGAAGAGCUUCAGGAUCAGCUCCCGCCUGCUCCAGCACCAGCGGAUCCACACGGGCGAGCGGCCCUACGAGUGCGGGGAGUGCGGGAGGAGGUUCCGCGUCAGCUCCCACCUGAUCGUGCACCAGAGGACCCACACCGGGGAGAGGCCCUACGAGUGCGGGGAGUGCGGGAUGAGCUUCUGCAUCAGCUCCCAGCUGGUCAACCACCAGAGGACCCACACCGAUGAGCGGCCCUAUGCGUGCGGGGAGUGUGGGAAGAGCUUCAGGAGGAGCUCCCACCUGAGCCGCCACCGGAUGAUCCACAGCGGGAUACGACCCUAUGUGUGUGGGGAGUGCGGGAAGGGCUUCCGCGAGAGCUCCGACCUGAUCAUCCACCAGACAAUGCACACUGGGGAAUGCCCCUACACCUGCUCAGAAUGCGGGAAGAGCUUCAUCGCCAGCUUCAGUCUGAUGGUCCACCAGAGGACCCACACCGGGGAGCGGCCCUACGAGUGCGGGGAGUGUGGGAAGAGGUUCAGCCAGAGCGCCAACCUCCUUGCCCACCAGAGGAUCCACACCGGGGAGAAGCCCUACGAGUGCGGGGAGUGUGGGAAGAGCUUCGGCCACAGCUUCAGCCUGAUCGCCCACCAGAGGACCCACACCGGGGAGAGGCCCUACGAGUGCGGGGAGUGUGGGAAGAGCUUCAGCCAGCGCUCCAGCCUGAUCGUCCACCAGAGGCUCCACACUGGGGAGAGGCCCUACAAGUGCUCAGAAUGCGGGAAAAGCUUCUGCCAGAGAGCCAGCCUGACGGUCCACCAGAGGAACCACACUGGGGAGAGGCACCAUGAGUGUUCCGAGUGUGGCGAGAGGUUUCAGAGCAGAUACCGCCUCCUCAAGCAUCAGCAGGUUCACUCAGCAUAGAGGCCCUGCCGCUGCCCCCACUGCAGGAAGGGCUUCAAGAAAAACUCCACUCUCGCCACCCACCAGUGACCCACGCUGGGGAGAGCCCCUAACAGAGUCCCAGGGGUGGGAAGAGCGUCUCCCAGAACUCUGCAGCGA